AUAGACUUGUCACACAUUAACAUAAAGUGAAUUGAUAAUUAGCUUAAUGUCAAAACUAGUUCAACAUGGAGACAAACUAUAAACCAAUAAUUGUAGCUUAAUGAAAGAGUGUAUCAAUUCAUUAAGGUUAAUAAUCCAAUUCUUAGUCUACAAGAAAGACUACAAUGAAGUGUUACAUUAAGGAUCUAACUAGGAGACCUAAUCUGAUACAAACUGCUUUAAUGGGAAGCUUCUUGAGGUUUAAGUCACCUAUAUAUGUAGAUGAAUUGGUCCCUGUUGCUACCAAGAGUUCUUGCAUUAGUUCUGUCCAUUGAGAAGCAAGUUGGUAAGCAACAGAAGGCUAUAUUCUAGUGAUCAAGUUUUGCAGCUGCAGAAGAUGGAAUCCAUGCCUGUGAUUACUGAAGAAUUGAAGGGGUAACAUGAAAGGUUUACAAAGCAUCCACUAUGUGACACCAGGUCAAGAUACCGUAGGACCAUAAACACCAAUAAUUGCCUCAAGCUUUACCAGUUGAUUGGGGCCAUGGAGCUGCAAGUGGAGAAAUCAUUGGUUGGUUCAGACCCUUUAAUGUUAUAAACAGCAACAAGGGAAAUAUAUUCUCUUCUCUCUUUCUCUGUCCAAAAGUCUCUUCUCCAACUCUCCAAGGCAGAAUACUUCUGGGUCUGUAACACUGAAGCUAAUGGAAUUCUAUUACUUCCAGAUGGCCAUGGCGAUUAUUGUGGUAAUUGUGAUAUGGAUCGGUGUCAUAGCUACUAUUAAGUGGAUAUGGACUCUAGUGAAGCAUCGGUUGGGUUACAUGGUUGAAAGCAUGAGCCAACAUCGCAGGAUUUUCGUCAACAUCGAUGCCUCCAGACCUCUUCCUUCACCAUCAGCUGAAUCAUCAGCAGCUCGUCGAUGGAAUUAUGAUGUGUUCUUGAGUUUCAGGGGUCCUGACACUCGCAAGGGUAUUACAUUUGAAUUAUAUGAUCGACUGCACAGGAGGGGAAUUAAAACAUUCAUGGAUGACCAAGAUCUUCAAGUAGGGGAUACUAUUUCUCCCACUCUACUAAAAGCAAUUGAAGAAUCAAGGUUGGCAAUUGUUGUUCUGUCCGAAAAGUAUGCUUCUUCUACUUGGUGUUUGGAGGAACUUACAAAGAUCUGUGAGUGCAUGAAAGACGACAACAGAAUUCUUCCACUUUUUUAUAAUGUCGAGCCUACUGAUGUAAGAUAUCAGAAGAGAAGUUUCGAAGAAGCUUUCGCCAAAUAUGAAAAUUCUGGGCGACAUAGAUCGGAGAAGGUCCAACAAUGGAGAGAUGCUUUAAACAAAGUGGCUCAUUUCUCUGGUUGGGAUUCAAAGAAAUACAAGACUGAAAGAGAACUCAUCGAAGACAUUGUGGAAUAUGUCUGUAGUAAAGUACAACCUAUUGCAAUCAACAUGGGAGAUUUUGAAGAAUUUGAAGCAACAAGACAAGCCAUGAAUAUGGUUAUGAAAGGGCUAGAAGACGACGAGGUCACUGCCAUUGGAGUCUGCGGAAUGGGAGGCGUCGGCAAGACAACCAUGGUAAAACAUAUCAGUGAUCAAGCUCGAAAAAAUGGAAUCUUUCGUCAUGUAAUUAUGGCUACUAUAUCACAAAGCCCUGACUUGAGGAAAAUUCAAGGCCAAUUGGCAGAUCUGUUGGGCUUCGAAUUCAUGGAGGAGACUGAAAUUGGAAGAGCAGCUAGAUUGAGUAAGGAGAUAAUGAGAAGAAAUAAGAUCCUCAUAAUCCUUGAUGACAUUUGGGAGAGGAUGGAUAUAUCAAGAAUAGGAAUACCUAGCUACGAGGAACUUCAAAAGUGCAAUUCCAAAGUCCUACUCACCACAAGGAUAUGGAAUGUCUGUCAUGUCAUGAGAUGCCAAGAAAAGAUCACCCUCAAUAUCCUAUCAAAAGAGGAUUCUUGGACAUUGUUUGUGAGAAAUGCAGGAAGGUCUUUUGAAUCCACCAAUUUUGAGAAUGUAGCGAGGAAUGUAGCUGGAGAAUGUAGGGGUCUACCGAUUGCAUUGAUAGCAGUUGCAAGGGCACUCGGCGAUAAAGAAUUGGUGGAAUGGGAAAGAGCAGCUCAACGACUAGAGAAGUCACAAACUGCCAACCCUGACGAUAAAGGAGAUGCAUCUGAAUGUAUAAGAUUAAGUUAUGAUUACUUGAAAGAUGAGGAUUACAAGUCAUGCUUCUUGCUCUGUUGCUUAUUUCCAGAAGACUAUGACAUCCAAAUAGAAAACUUGUUCAACUAUGUGAUAGGGAAAGGAUUGUUUAGAGAUGCUGAGACCAUUGAAGAAGCCAGAGGAACAACAAAUUCGGUGGUUGCGCACCUGAAAAAUUGUAGCUUGCUUUUGGAUAGUGAUGAAGAUGGAUGUGUAAGAAUGCAUGAUGUCAUCCGGGAUACAGCCAUGAUAAUUGCAAAAUCUAAAGACGGGCAUGGGUUUUUGGUAAAAGCUGGGUCUGGUUUAAAGCAUUGGUCAUGUCGAUUACAUGAAGACUACUCUGCAAUUUCACUAAUGAAGAACAAAAUUCGCAAGCUACCUGAAGAGUUGGUAUGUCCAAAACUCCAGAUUUUAUUACUACAAGAGAAUGCUGAUUUAACUGAGAUUCCAGAAAAAUUUCUCCAAAGUGCAAAUGAACUAAGGGUCUUAGAUCUUGGCCUCACUAGUGUUUUAUCAGUACCCCAAUCAUUGAGUCUCCUAUCAAACCUCCAAGCUUUGUAUUUAGAUUUUUGCAAGAAAAGAGUUGACAUUUCCAUAAUUGGAAAACUUACUAAGCUUGAGAUUCUUAGUAUGAGAGGUUAUCCUGUUAAGGAGUUGUCGAGAGAAUUGUGGAGAGAAGUAGGAAAAUUGACUAAUCUAAGGAUGUUGGAUGUCGGUGGUGUUAGUUUGGGGGGUGGAGGUAUUGUCACAAUUCCCUCUAAAGUGAUAUCAAAGUUGCAUAGAUUAGAAGAACUGUACAUGCUGUACUGUGGAUUUGAGGACUGGGGAAGUCGAGUUGAGGGAGAAGGAGAAGAAACAUAUAUUAGCUUUGAUGAGUUAACUGGUUUGUCAAAUUUGAAAAUUGUGCAGGUUUGCAUAUCUGAUGCAAAAUGCAUCCCAAAAGAAGUUGAGGUCGAACCAAAUUGGGUUUACUUUGAUAUACGUAUCGAUGGCUGGUCAAGCAAUCCAUACAAGCGAAACGUUCCUAACUCAAGAUCCUCGUCUCUUAACACAACCAUCAGUAGCUUACCAGACUGGUUUGUCAAUGUGGUGACAAAGAAAUCAGAGAAGCUACUGUUUGAAGAAGACUGCAAAGGGUUAAGUAACAUUCUUAUGGAAUAUGACCAUGGGAGGUUACAUGGACUGAAGCAUCUCUCUGUAAUUGGUCCCAAUAAGAGCUUGAAAGAGUUGAUGAACACAACAACACGGAUUAAACAAGAACCUGUAUUUGAGAACUUGGAAGAGUUGCAUCUUAGUCGUCUGGACUGCAUUAAGGAGUUGUGUGUUGGUGACUUACCACCUGGUUCUCUAUUCAAUGUGAAAUUAUUGAGGAUCCGUGAUUGUCGUAACUUGGGGAAUGUACUGUUGCCUUCAAAAUUGUUGCAGAGACUACCAAAUCUGGAAAUAGUAUAUCUUUAUAGAAUAUGUAAAUUGGAAUAUGUGUUUGGAUGCGAAGGGUUUGAGCCAGAACAUUCAAAAUUGAGAGAAGUGGCAUUGUUGGAGCUAGAUGCAAUAAGAAGCAUAUGUAAUGGUCCGGUUCCCCGUGCUAUGUUCCGGACUCUUAAAAGUUUGUUCAUUUACCGUUGUAAGUCUUUGGGAAGCCUCUUCACAUCUGAUGUAGCGCAUUGUCUUUUACAAUUGGAAGAGCUUUGGGUAGAGAAUUGCCCUUUGUUGGAAAGAGUAAUUGAAACAAGCAAGGAAACAGUUAACGACAACAAUAAGAUUGUUCUUUCAAAAUUAAAGAAGUUAGUCUUGAAGGAACUUCCUGUGUUGAACAGUGGAAGUGCUACUACUAAUAUUGAUAUCGAGUGUCUUUCAUUGGAACAUUUGUAUGUGAAGGACUGCCCCCAUUUCUCAUUUCCAACCUCUGCUUCGGACUAUUUCCACAGCAGGAACGAAGUCCAACUCGAUGAUCAACAACAGCACGACGUUCUAUAUCGCAGAAUUUGGAGUCCAACAUUGGAAAGCUGAUUCAAGGAGAAGAAACAGAAAGAAAUCUUUAACGUCCCUGAAGAAGCUAGCUACCUCAAUCGGCUGUUGAAUGUGUAGUAUGUAACUAUAUAUCCAUGUCAAUAACUUUUAGACAUGUUGCUUCUGUAUGCUCUUUCAUUCCAUCAACAUAAUCAAAAACAGUUCUUGUUUUGUUUUA